AUGACCGUCAUAUCCACCCCUCAGCCACACGUCCUGAUCAUCCCGGGAGCAUGGCACCCGGCUUCUACAAUGGCCUCCUUCGCCAGCGCCCUAGAGGCAUCAGGCUUCCCUGCUACGGUGGUGCCAACCCGCAGCAUCGGCACCAGAGACGUCACCGUCCAGGACGACGAGGCUCAGGCCAAGGCUCUUCUGCAGCCUCUACUUGACAAAGGCGAGGAUGUCAUUGUCCUGGGGCACUCAUACGGUGGCUUCGUGAUCACGGGCCUCAUCGCCGGUCUGGAUAAGAGAGGACGAGAGGCGCAGGGUCUGAAGGGGGGCAUUCUGGGUGUGGUUUACCUUUCUGCGUUUAUACCUGUUGAGGGUGAGACGACGUUUGAAGCGGCGGGCGGUAAAGACUGCGCGUUUGCAUCGGCAGAUAAUAAGACAGGCCUUUUGGACUCAAAAGACGAGAAAUACCAUUUUUACAACGACAUCCCAGAUGAGGUAGCCAAACGCCUCACAGCCAGCCUCGAGGGCCAGUCCGGGGCAGCAGUCAUGUCAACUCCUUCGAGUAUAGGAUGGAAGGACAAGGCCUACGACGGGCGCCGCGCGUAUAUUCGCACUCUUCGAGACAAUGCCCUAACUAUCAAGUACCAGGACGAGCUGAUUGCUCGUUCGGGCGUUGAGUGGCUUGUGAAGUCGGUGGAUGCUUCACAUAGUGCGUUUUGGUCUAGGACGGAUGAGAUGGUGGGUUUGGUUACCGAGUGUGCGUUGGAGUUUGCAAAGAAUUGA